AUGUCCGCAGAACGCACCCCCUCCAUCUCCACGCUCUCCAUCCACGCCGACGACGCCCAUGCCACCCGCCGCAUGAACGAUGUCGCCCCGCCCAUCCACGUCUCCACAACCUUCCACUACCCCCGUGACCCCGACGCCCUAAUCCCUUUCUCCGACCUCGUCGCCGCCGCCGCCGCCGCCGACAACACCUCCGACAAGCCCUCCCUCCCCUACAUCUACUCGCGCCUCGCCGCCCCCUCCACCACCCGCCUCGAGCAAGUCCUCAGCACCCUCCUCCACGGCCCCACCACAACCUACGCCAGCGGCCUCGCCGCCUUCCACGCCAUCCUCGUCCGCGUCAACCCGCGCCGCAUCGCAAUCGGGAACUGCUACCACGGCUGCCACAACGUCGUAAAGAUCUUCUCCCGCCUCACGGGCCUGCAGGUCCUGCCGCUCGACUGCGCGCCCGACGACCUCCACCCGGGGGACCUCAUCCACCUCGAGACGCCGCUCAACCCUGACGGCACGGCGACCAGCAUACGCGAGUAUGCGGAGAAGGCGCAUUCGCGCGGGGCACUGCUGUGUGUGGAUGGUACGUUUGCGCCGCCGCCGCUACAGGAUCCGUUUGCACAGGGGGCAGACUAUGUGUUGCAUUCGGCGACGAAGUAUAUUGGCGGGCAUUCGGACCUGCUGGGCGGGGUGGUGGCGGUGAAGGGGAGGAGGAGGCGGGGAGGUUGA